GAAGUUCAGUAAAUAAUGUACAAAAUUACCACAUUGUGCGCAAUAAUCGUUGCGUUUAUUAUAAACGCCGAGGCCAACGAUGCGGGCGACGGGACGGCCACCACAGCUGCCGCCACCUCCGGCGCGUCCGAGGAGUACCACCUGUUUGCCUGCACCCAAGCCAAUCACAAUGAGCAUUUUGAUAAAAUGACCGCGUACCUGACCCACAUGAUACCAUUCCUCGAGUUUAUGGUACAGCACUCGGCGGACACCGUUGGCGACGAGCAUAAGAAACAUAAGGAUGACCUCAAGGCAAUGGUCACCCACUUUAAGAAGUAUAACGAGACGGCGGUGGCGCUCAAGACCAAGUGCGAUGAUAAGGCCACUACGAUUGACCAGUGCUGUACCGAUAUUAAACAGUUGGAGAAAACUUUUCAUGAUGAAAUGGACAAGUAUGAGCACCCCGAUCAUAAGGCUUGA